CGGGCGCACUCCAAUGGGCGGCGCCGGGGCGACCUGAUGUUCCCGGCGGCCCGUGCGUCGGCGGUGGUUGGGUGGUAAGAUGGCGGCUGUGAGUCUGCGGCUCGGCGAUUUGGUGUGGGGGAAACUCGGCCGGUAUCCUCCUUGGCCAGGAAAGAUUGUUAAUCCACCCAAAGACUUGAAGAAACCACGUGGAAAGAAAUGCUUCUUUGUGAAGUUUUUUGGAACAGAAGAUCAUGCCUGGAUCAAAGUGGAACAGCUAAAGCCAUACCAUGCACACAAGGAGGAAAUGAUAAAGAUUAACAAGGGGAAACGAUUCCAGCAGGCUGUGGAUGCUGUCGAAGAGUUCCUCCGGAGAGCCAAAGGGAAAGACCAGACGUCGUCCCACAAUUCUGCUGAUGACAAGAAUCGGCGUAAUUCCAGUGAGGAGAGAAGUAGGCCAAACUCAGGUGAUGAGAAGCGGAAGCUUAGCCUGUCUGAAGGGAAGGUGAAGAAGAACAUGGGAGAAGGAAAGAAGAGGGUGUCUUCAGGCUCAUCAGAGAGAGGCUCCAAGUCCCCUCUGAAAAGAGCCCAAGAGCAGAGUCCCCGGAAACGGGGUCGGCCCCCAAAGGAUGAGAAGGAUCUCACCAUCCCUGAGUCUAGUACCGUGAAGGGGGUGAUGGCUGGACCGAUGGCCGCGUUUAAAUGGCAGCCGACUGUGAGCGAGCCUGUGAAAGAUGCAGACCCUCAUUUCCAUCAUUUCCUGCUCAGCCAAACUGAGAAGCCAGCUGUCUGUUACCAGGCAAUCACAAAGAAGUUGAAAAUAUGUGAAGAGGAAACUGGGUCCACCUCCAUCCAGGCAGCAGACAGCACCGCCGUGAAUGGCAGCAUCACACCCACAGACAAAAAGAUAGGAUUUUUGGGCCUUGGCCUCAUGGGAAGUGGCAUCGUCUCCAACUUGCUAAAGAUGGGUCACACAGUGACUGUCUGGAACCGGACUGCAGAAAAAUGUGAUUUGUUCAUCCAGGAGGGGGCCCGCCUAGGAAGAACCCCCGCUGAAGUCGUUUCAACUUGUGACAUCACCUUUGCCUGCGUGUCUGAUCCAAAGGCAGCCAAGGACCUGGUGCUGGGCCCCAGUGGUGUGCUGCAGGGGAUCCGCCCCGGGAAGUGCUACGUGGACAUGUCAACAGUGGAUGCUGACACAGUCACCGAGCUGGCGCAGGUGAUUGUGUCCAGGGGGGGCCGCUUUCUGGAAGCCCCAGUCUCAGGGAAUCAGCAGCUGUCUAAUGAUGGGAUGUUGGUGAUCUUAGCAGCCGGAGACAGGGGCUUGUAUGAGGACUGCAGCAGCUGCUUCCAGGCAAUGGGAAAGACCUCCUUCUUUCUAGGUGAGGUUGGCAAUGCAGCCAAGAUGAUGCUGAUUGUGAACAUGGUACAGGGAAGCUUCAUGGCCACCAUCGCUGAGGGGUUAACCCUGGCCCAAGUAACAGGCCAGUCCCAGCAGACACUCUUGGACAUCCUCAAUCAGGGACAGUUGGCCAGCAUCUUCCUGGACCAGAAGUGCCAAAAUAUCCUGCAAGGGAACUUUAAGCCCGAUUUCUACCUGAAGUACAUUCAGAAGGAUCUCCGCUUAGCCAUUGCCCUGGGGGAUGCCGUCAACCAUCCUACUCCUAUGGCAGCUGCAGCCAAUGAGGUGUACAAAAGAGCCAAGGCACUGGACCAGUCUGACAACGACAUGUCUGCCGUGUACCGAGCCUAUAUACACUAAGCCCUCGAUACCCCACCCCUGCCCCGCAGUCUUCCCUCUGACCCCUCCUCCUCACAUGGGGUUGGGGUCCUGGGACUUAACUCUGGACCAGUCCACCUGUCUCCAUCUCCUUUUAUACAGACUUUGAGACUUGCCAUCAGCACAGCACACAGUGUCACUCCUCCCCUGGAGGUCCUGGGGAGGGGAGGGGUGUCAGCAGGAUUGGCCUUUGGGAAAGCUCUUGAACUGGGCACUGGCCCCGGACUAGGUGGCUGUGUGUUCAUACACACACACACACAGAAAUACACAAUACACACGACCCCUACAUACCACACACUGGCUCUCACCCCAGGAUAGAAGCUGCCCAGAAACUGCUGCCUGGCUUUUUUUUUUUUUCCUUCCUUCUGAGCUUGUCUUAUCUCAGACCCUUUCCAUUCAAGGAACUCGAAUCAGCAGUAAGAACUGGAAGCCUUUCCACUGCUUCCUUCCCUCAGAGCAAAGAGGCUGUGGUUAUGUCCACAUCCCCCUACUGGAUCCCGCGUGUGACGAAGAGGCUCUGGGUCAAGAUGAGCCAGCACCGACUCCAAACAGGGUCCUCAUGGGCCCUCCAACCUCAGGUGACCAGCUGAUGAGGAUUGUCAUGUUUAAGCUACCAAUGUGCAACCAACUCUCUCCAUAAAUGCCUUUGUGAACUGAAAAGAGAUUGGCGAAGUUGAGCAGACGCAGGGCUCUGGCUCUCGGGGGAGAGCGCAAACCGCCAGCACAUUAGGUGAGCCUCACAGAAGCCUGCUCUCCUCGCCGCUCUUGAGCUCCUGUCCCAGAAGUCACCAUCACUGCAGAGCCCUGGGCUGGGAUCAGACUUCCUUGCUUUGGUGUAGGAGGAGCUCACUCCUCACCAGGCUCUCUUAGUAUUUGGAUUUGCAUUCCAGCCCUUGGGAAGGGGAUCCUGAGGGCCACCAGGGAGGAGUGAAGAGGGAGGAGAGGGGGUCCUUCCUGUUUUCCGUUAUGCUGCAGACUCCCACCUGGUUCUCAAGAGUCACUCUGACUGGGUCCCCUCACAGCAGUCUCACCCUCUCCGGCCUACUCCUGCACAUGUUCCCCACUGCCCGCCUCUUCAUUCUCUCUCCCUCAUUUUCUUCCCGUGGAGACAGUGUUUUCUGUCUCUUCUUUGGCCCAGACCCAGCCUGACCAACGACAGCCAUUUUUUAGGCUCAGCUCUUGAAACAGGAACGAGUAUCUUCACUUCAGCCAGAAGCAUGGUCUUUGAUGCUUCCAGGGCCCCAGGGUCUCUCAGGAGGGAAGAGAACUGGGCCUGACCCAAUCUGAACUAUCUGACCCUCAGAGGUGGACCUGAGACAUCCUCAAGACCCUAACAUUUCUCCUUGGAUAGGGGACCAGAGGGGCUUGGAAUGUGGCGUAAAAACAAGGAGAAGUCACCUAAAGGAUGUCAAUGUUCUCUCCCUCUGCUUGGGUUGCAUUUUCCAAAGUCACACUUUGCAGGUCAGCAUUUCUAGUGAAUAUACAGAGUGAGACCACACUGGUGUGGACCCCUCCCCCUCAACCUUGGCCCUUUUCCGCUGAUCAGAAACCAGGCAAGGGAUCUCAGAAGACAUAGGGGGAGGGCAGGGAAGAUGCUGCGUGUUUUUGGCAUAACUUCACUGGGAUUUGGAAUUCUUUUCUGUCUGAACACAAAGCCUGUUCUAGUCCUAGCUGGACACUUUGGGGGGGUGGGGGGUGAGGGUGGGGGUGGGGAGAAUACUGUAAUGAAACUGGUUAGUCAAUGUUGUCUUAAUAUUGUUGACAAUUCUGUAAAGUUUCUUUUUAUGAGUAUUUCUGUUUAAGCUAUUUCACCUUUGUUUUGAAAUCCUUCCCUUUUAGGAGAAAAUGUGACACUUGUGAAAAAGCUUGUAAGAAAGCCCCUCUUCCAUGACCCUUUUUUUUUUCCUUUAAACCUCCUUUAAAUGACAAAUCUAGGUAAUUAAGGUUGUGAAUUUUUAUUUUUGCUUUGUUUUUAAUGAACAUUUGUCUUUCAGAAUAGGAUUGUGUGAUAAUGUUUAAAUGGCAAAAACAUGAUUUUGUGCAAUUAACAAAAAGCUACUGCAAGCAAAAUAAAACCUUUAUUGGUAACACAA